AUGUUCCAGUAUAUUAUAGUAGGUUAUGGUAGGUUAUGGUUGCCGAGAUGUCGAGUGACCCUAAACCCUAAACCGCUUGCUAUUCUCUUGAAGAGCCUCAUUGUCCUCAUCCCGGCUUUACCUACUAGGUAUUCGACUGUAGCAAGGAGGAAAAGGGCCCUCCACAAAAAAACAAACCGCUUGCAGGAGGCUGUCGUAUUGCCGCUGCCCACGAUUGAAAUCCAGUCAGAGCCGAUCUCUCCGACGAGCGAAGUGCCUGCAUCCAGCGAAGCUGCGACAUCAGAGGAUCUGGAGGGCCUCUUGUCUGCAACCCGUGAGUUUGUCGCAGAGCGGAUGACCGCCACAGCAAAUGCUACAGUGGGCAUGGCGUGGAUACCAGCGAAUGUCAUCCCAGAACAGCCUGGCAUGCUGGAGGAGGCCUCUGCCGCAGAAGGGCCAGAAGUGGCGGAGGGUGAGUCCCAUGCGGACAGAGGUGAAGAGGAUGCCGAUGCUAAGUCAUUCCUCAGUGCUUCUUUCGACCUCGGAGUUCAUGUUCUUCGCCUUCCUGCCUUCGUGGCACCCAGUGCUGACAUCUUCGAGCCUGAUGAUGACGAGCUGAUUGCAGAGCUGGAGGAGGGCGAGGAGAUCGAGCUUGUGGAGAUCGUUGGCUUUCCCGAAGAGGGACGGGUGCGUGGGAAGCUGAAGUCUCCGGAAGGUUGGAUCACUUUGCGGAACUCGGCCACGGGCGCAAACUGGAUCGCCGUUUAUUCGGAAGCUCGGAUCAGUGACCACGUGUCCCAGGAGGGCGGCCAGGUGUCGGAGGGCAAGUCGGAGGCAUCAGUUUCAGAGCAGGAUCCUACAGCGCCGUAUAAAAAGGGAGUCUACAUUCUCGUACGUGCCGCGUAUGUGGCACCCGAUGCCGACAACUUCGCGCCCGAUGAUGACGAGCUGGUUGCAAGGGUGGAGGAGGGUGAAGAAGUCGAAGUCGUAGAGGUGGUCGACUUUGUCGAGGAGGACAGAGUGCGUGGCAGAAUCCUCGAGCCAGGUGGUUGGAUUACCCUCCUGAACAGGAUCACAGGCACGGAGUGGAUUAUGCCGAAGGAGCCUGGAGACCAUCGCCUCCGAGGCGACAGAGACGAGUCCUCUGAAGAGGAAGGCGACAGACCGUCCAGGCAAGACGGGAAGGAAGAAGUGGACACGAACCCGGUCGACAGGAUGAACUUGGAGGACAGCUGUCUUCAAUUCGAAGAGUUUCUGCCACUGGACUUCGGUCACCGGAAGGCAUCCGAAUUGGAGCAGGAGGAGCCCUACGAAGCGGGCAUUUACCUCCUGGUGCGGUCUGCAUUUGUGGCGUACGAUGCCGACAACUUUACGCCAGACGACGACGAGCUUGUUGCAGAGCUGGAGGAGGGUGAAGAAGUCGAGGUUGUAGAGGUCAUCGAUUUUGUCGAGGACGACCGAGUGCGGGGCAGGCUCCAUGAUCCAGAUGGGUGGAUUACGCUCAUGAACCGAGCGACCGGUGCCAAAUGGGUCGCCCUGAAGGAGUCCGACAACGACUUUCGAGGUGCUUCAAAGACCGCCACCUCAGAACCAGGUGAGCAAGAAGAGGCUUCCCACUCCGAGGACCAGGAUGGCGAUGAAUCGUCAAGGCACCAAAGAGUGGUCGAGGAGGCAGAUGAGAGACCCACCGAGAUGAAGUGGACUUCUCCAGAGGAUUCCGCGAGCAUCGAUGCAGAGGCAGAAGGCGGGCGGAAGCCAUCAAGCGCAGGGGAGGAGGCGGAGGAUCCGCCAGUGCCCUUCGAAAUUGGAUCCUACGUUCUCUUGCGAACUGCAUUCGUGGCACUGGAUGCCGACAACUUCUCGCCUGACGACGAGGAGCUUGUUGCAGAGCUUGAAGAGGGCGAAGAAGUAGAAGUUGUGGAAGUGGUGGACUUUGUCAAGGAGGAGAGAGUGCGGGGCAGGCUCCGCGACUUCGACGGAUGGAUUACCCUCCUGAAUAGAGCCACGGGCACCGAAUGGGUUGCGCCGGCAACCAAGGCGAGCAAGGAUUCGGUGGACAACGAUGCCCGAGGCGCAGGCGACCGGGAGGCAUCACGCUCGCAGGAGGAGGAUCCGCCAGUGCACUUCAAAACGGGAUCCUACGUACUUCUGCGACCGACGUUCGUGGCACUUGAUGCCGACGACUUCUCGCCGGACGACGCGGAUCUUGUUGCGAAGCUGGAGGAGGGCAUGGAAGUAGAAGUUGUGGAAGUGGUGGACUUUGUCAAGGAGGAGAGAGUGCGGGGCAGGCUCCGCGACUUCGACGGAUGGAUUACCCUCCUGAAUAGAGCCACGGGCACCGAAUGGGUUGCGCCGGCAACCCAGGAGUCGGUGGAUGACGGCGCCCAAGGUGAGUCCCAGAGAGAUGCUUCCUCUGACGUUGAAGCUGCCAGUGAGCAUUCGAGGCCAGCCACAGUCGUCGACGAUGGCGUGGAUGCGCCCCCCGGCUCCGACAUGAAGGAAGACUCCCGGGAGGAGGACGAUGCAAGUGUCGAUGCAGAUGCAGCAGGCACAGACGACCGGGAGGCGUCACACUCCGAGGAGGAGGAGGAGCAGCAGCAGGAGGAUUCGUCCGUGCGCUUUAAAACGGGAUCCUACGUUCUUCUGCGACCCGCGUUUGUGGCACUUCAUGCGGACGACUUCUCGCCGGACGACGACGAGCUUGUUGCAGAGCUGGAGGAGGGCAUGGAAGUAGAAGUUGUGGAAGUGGUGGACUUUGUCAAGGAGGAGAGAGUGCGGGGCAGGCUCCGCGACUUCGACGGAUGGAUUACCCUCCUGAAUAGAGCCACAGGCACCGAAUGGGUCGCCCCGACAACCAACUUGCCUCCAAGCAAGGAUUCGGUGGACAACGAUCCCCGAGGCGAGGAGGGCUCGGAGCCGGAAGCAGAGAUCGCCCAGGAGCCCUCCAUUGAGCCCGAAGAGCCGGAUGAGCCUACUCAGGGCUCGCCAACCAUGCUGCCCGGUCUCUACAUCCUCCUGCGGCCUGCCUUCGUGUCGCCAGAGGCCAAGAUCUUCGCGCCCGAGGAUGACGAGCUCAUUGCGGAGCUCGAGGAGGGUCAGGAGAUCGAAGUGACAGAGAUCAUCGACUUUGAGUCGGAGAAGCGUGUGCGCGGCAAGCUAAAGGAUCCAGAUGGCUGGAUUACGCUGAUGAGCAAGGCGACUGGAGCAAAGUGGGUGGCUGCCAAGGUUCUUCCCGAGGAUGCUGAAUACACAGGUGAUGGGGAAGCUUCGGAGCCUGGGGAAGAUCGAACGCCGCUCAGCAGACGGGUUUCCUUCCACGAGGCAGACGAGGGGGAGUCAGAGCCGGCGAGUGGGGACUCCGACCCGGAGCGCGAAGGUGACGUGGAGCCUGAGGAAGCAGCCGGCAUUGAGCCUGCCGAGCCUGGGCCUAAGGGACGGCGCAAGCUCUUCGACGUGGGCCUCUACGUUCUCCGGCGCCCUGCCUUCGUGUCCCCGAGGGCCGAGCUGUUCGAGCCGGAUGACGACGAGCUCGUCGCAGAGCUCGAGGAGGGCGAGGAGAUCGAAAUAGUGGAGGUCGUUGACUUCCGAAAUUUGGGGCGAGUGCGUGGAAAACUGAAGUCGCCGGAAGGGUGGAUCACCUUGAGGAACUCUGCAACCGGGAUCAAAUGGGUCGCUCCGAAGGAGGAAAGCGCAAGUGACCAGCAGGCGCAGGACUUGGACCAGGAUCCGCCGCCUUACCCGAAGGGGUUCUACGUUCUUAUGCGAUCUGCAUACGUUGCAUACGAUGCCGACAACUUUGCGCCUGACGACGACGAGCUUGUUGCAGAGCUGGAAGAGGGUGACGAAGUAGAGAUUGUGGAGGUAGUCGACUUCGUCGAAGAGGAGAGGGUGCGCGGCAGGCUCUACGAUCCAGAUGGGUGGAUUACCUUGCUGAACAGAGCCACCGGAGCUGAGUGGGUGACCCCGAAGGUAGAGGUGGAUGCUGGCAGCCGAGGUGAAUCUGACGAUGACUACUCCUAUUCGGAAGAUGAGGACGGAAAUCCGCGGCCCAGGCGGCAGAGGAUGGCCUAUGACGUGGGAGAGCAUCUUGAGAGCAAGUUCACUCUGCACUUGAAAAUUCUUGAAGCCCUUGUUUCCGUCUGUGGUCUGCCGGCUGGAGCUGUUCAAACGAUCGUGAAACUGUCUCGAGACCAAUUUAUCGGCAUGUAUGUUACUGGACUUGCGAUGGAGCUAGAUGACGAUGAGGUCGUCGAGGAGCUCGAGGAAGGCGAACUUCCCAGAGUGCAAGCAAGGGCAAAAGGCCAAGAGGUUCGCGCGGUGGAAAUCGUGGAGCUGAAGGACGGUUGGGUGACCUUUGCCAACACUGCGACGGGCGUCCGAAGAGUUGUGGCCAAGGAGGAGUGGCUAGAGACCCGCACCGCCGAGUCCUGGGCUUCUGGCGAUAUCGGUGACGCGGUCGCGUUGUUCCGGAAGAGCUGGGACCCGUUGAGUGCUGAGGAGGAGGAGACAGACUCUGCCUCGGAGUCAGAGCGGUUGGGCUCUGUCAUCUUGUCAAACACCUCGGAGUGGUUUCUCUUUUCCGUUCUGGGAAAUUCCGGAGACAUGAUCCCUUCUUUCGCAGAUGUGGGGACGGUGCACACCGACGGCGAUCUCCUGAGUCGCUCCAACCAGGGAGAGUUGGCACCGACACCGAAGUUCAAGCAGCUCUAUCCUGAGGGCCGGCAGGACUCGAGGAAGACACAGUCGGAAGCAGACGAGCAAACCGAUGAUGAAGCUCCCUCUGAAGAUGAGCCGGAGUAG